AUGUCUUCUCGACCGCACCGACUGUCGGCGGCGGUCGUUCAAAGAUGGCUUUUCGUCGUCACGAUCUUGGCGAUGGCAAUGCGACUGGUCGCCGCCUACUCGCUGUCGAAGUGGGUGCCACGGCCCGGCUGCCACAAACUUGCUUUCAAAAGAACGAUCAAAAUCAAUGGCUGCAAACCGUUCGACGUGCACCUGAACGGAUGCCGAGGCCACUGUCCUUCGUGGACCGUUCCGCCGUCGGUCAAACAGGCAGACGCCGAACAGACAACGGAUAACAAAUUCGUCACCUACGCGACUUGCUGCCGGAUGACCGAACACGAACUGGUACGAUAG